GCUGACUCUGAAAUCCUGAGCUCGGCUCGGUGGUGGAGGGAGGAGGAAGAUGGCGGCGUCCAAGGUGAAGCAGGACAUGCCUCCUCCGGGAGGUUAUGGACCGAUCGAUUACAAGCGAAAUCUACCCAAAAGGGGGUUUUCUGGGUAUACUAUGUUUGGGAUUGGUAUUGGAAUAAUGGCAUUUGGCUACUGGAGGCUCUUCCAAUGGAACAGGGAGAGGAGGAGGUUGCACAUUGAGGAGCUGGAGGCACGGAUAGCUAUACUGCCUCUGCUACAGGCUGAACAUGACCGCAGGACGUUACGAAUGCUUCGAGAGAAUCUGGAGGAAGAAGCAAUUAUCAUGAAGGAUGUCCCUGGCUGGAAGGUGGGUGAGAAGGUUUUCCACACAGAUCGCUGGGUGACUCCCCUCCCAGAGGAACUCUUUAACCUUCGUCCCAGAGAGGAGCUUCUACACAAGAAGUUUGGCUUCCUGUGGUACGUGUAGAAUCCAGCUGACUUCACUCAGCCUGAACCCAGUGAGCCCUCACAGGGGACCAACCAUCUGCCCCCACCCAGCUCUGGAAAAAGGAGCACCUUGUUCAGAUUGUAAAUGUUUAAAGUAUUAAAUGUGUUUUCUUUGAUUCCCAAAAGAA